AUGAAGAGCCAGCCGCAGCAGUACGAAAACCAGCCGCGUCAGGUGCAGCAGCCGCAGCCUCCGCUGCUCGACGGCGACCUGGCUUUCCCGUCCGUGUCCAGCUUCAACAACGCCCUGCUGCCCAGCCGGACCACAGAGGCGGCGAGCGGCGAGCUGCAGGGCUCGGGCGAGCGGCAGGCGGUGCGCGACCACGGUCACGUCCUCGGCGAUGUGGGCCAAGCGCGGCAGGCGGCCGAGCCAACGGCACAGCCGGGCAGCGUCCUUGGCCUUCGAGGCGGCGCCGAAGGGGCCGAAGGCCUUGGUGAAGGCCGGGCGGCGGGCACCGCCGGCACCGCCAGCCAGAGCAACGACCGCAGCAACGCGGCCGCCAACGCGCCCCAGGGCCCCGGCGGCCCCAAGCCCGGCCUCAACGGGCCCAUUGUAGUGGCAAACCUGCCCGACCAGCGCGAGGUGGCCGCGCCCUACCACUUGAACCACCACCAACCCCAACAGCAGGGUCCUUACGGCUACGGCGGCGACACGCAGACCACCCAGAAGGCCUUCGACGGACAGGCAGCCAUGAGGGCAGCCCCCUACAGCGCCAAUCAGAUACCGCAGGGCGCCUUCAGCAGCCAGUCCCCCACUUACAGUGCCAGCACCCCGGCCAACUUGGUGGCGCUCGGCAAGCACAACGAGACGGGGCAGCCCUCCACGGCCAGCCCCACGUUCGCCCCGACCUUCGCCCCGACGUUCGCCGCCACGGACAACCGGCAGCAGAGCGCGUACGGCCCGACGGCACGCCCGGCCAGCCAGGCCAGUUUCGGCCAGGGCAACCAGGAGGUGCUGGCCCCAGCAGCGGCCACCUUCAACGGCCAGGCCAAGCAGGGUGACUUCAGCCAGAACAAGCAGCAAGCGGCCUUCAACCAAGGCCAGCAGCAAAGCUUCAACCAGGGUCAGCAACCUGCAUUCAGUCAAGGUCAGCAGCAAAGCUUCAACCAGGGUCAGCAACCUGCAUUCAGUCAAGGCCAGCAGCGAAGCUUCAACCAGGGUCAGCAACCUGCAUUCAGUCAAGGCCAGCAACAAGCAUUUUACCAAGGCCAGGCGAAUGGACCCAACCAGGGCCAGCAGACUUCAUUUAAUCAAGGUCACCAACCCGCAUACAACCUCGGCCAGCAACAAGGAUUCGACCACGGUCACCAAAAUAAUGCGCAAGCACCAGUAUUCAACCAAGAUCAGCAAUCAAAAUUCAACCAGGGCCAGGUGCCUUUUAACCAGGGUCAGGCGCCAGCAUUUAACCAAGGUCAAUCAUCAACAUUUAACCAAGGACAGGCGUCAACAUUUAACCAAGGUCAGGCGCCGACAUUUAACCAAGGACAGCAGUCAGCAUUUAACCAAGUCCAGGCGCCAACAUUUAACCAAGGCCAAUCAUCUACAUUUAACCCAGGUCAGGCACCCACAUUUAACCAAGGAGAGCAGUCAGCAUUUCACCAAGGCCAAUCAUCAGCUUUUAGCCAAGGUCAGUCAUCAACAUUUAACCACGGCCAGCAGCCACAGUACAACCAAGUGCAACAAAGUCAACAAGCCACGACAUUCAGCAGUGCGAACCAAGGGCAGCAAACUGCACUCAACGAAGUAAACCAGGGACAGCAACCUGCAUUCAAUCAAAUAAACCAGGUCCAGCCCCAAGGCAUCCUCCAGCAAAGCGGGUUCGACGCCCAGCAGUCGUUCCAGGCUUCUGCCGCGACACCCACCCCGUUCGCCGCGCCCAUCUCCCCGUCGUGGAGCCCCGCGCCGGCCUCCGCGCCCUCUGGCUCGGCGCCGACCGAGGCGACCGGGGCGGGCGCCUACUGGUUCUCGCCGUCCGGCGUGGGCGACUACAACGUGGCCUUCCACUUCGACGGCUCCUCCAACGACCUGGCGCCCCGCGGCCACAGCUCGGUGCGCUCGCAGCUGCAGCGCGGCAUCCCCAGGACCAACUUCACCUGCAGGGGCAAGAAGCAGGGCUACUACGCCGACCUGGAGACCGGCUGCCAGGUGUUCCACAUCUGCCAGCACGCGGGGCUGAAGAGCUCGUUCAUGUGUCCGGAGGGCAGCGUGUUCAACCAGCAGCUCCUGGUGUGCGACUGGUGGUUCGACACCAUCUGCGACGCUCCCGACGCCCCCGAGCCCCGCAACGACCUGUCGUCGGGCGCCAGCGCGUACCAGCGCCGCCCGGGGGGCAUCUUCGCCACCAUCGCCCCCGCCGAGAUCAACCUCGCGCUCUCCACGCCGGCGCCGGGGGCGGGGAUCGAACCCACGGCCCGCGAGGCCAAAGCCCUGGAGCCGCUGUACGAGAACAUGCGACUACUGCUGAACGCGGCCAGCCUGGAGGUGAUGGCGUCCCAGGGCAGCGAGUGGGCGCUGACCACGCCGCGGCCCUUCACGCUGCCGCAGCAGACGACGCCCUGGUUCGACGCCUCCACGCCGCGGCCGCACUUCGACCUGCCCGCCGUCACGCCCGUCGCCAUCCUGGCCAGCCCCUACCAGCAAGGGCCUCAGCAGCAGUUCCAGCAGCUACAGUCCCCUCAACAAAACCUCGGCCAAGACGUCCACCCCGAGGUGACUCCCUUCUCCGCCACCCCCGCGCCCGCCUUCUUCGACGUGACCGCCUUCAACGCGGCGUUCUCGCCCUCGUCCAGCCCCUCGUCCAGCCCCUCGUCCAGCCCCGCGCCCCCCAGCGAGCGGGCCUACCUCCGCGAGAGCGAGUUCCUGCAGCGGCCGCAGGAGGGCGGCCUGGAGGUGAACCUGCUGCCGCCCUUCCUGGACACCCCGAGCGGCAACAGUCUGGAGCCGGGUCUAGGUGCACUCGGCUACGCCGUGACGCCCGGGUACUCUUCCAUCUCCACCAACAGGCCGUACUCCAACGGCACGGCGUCGCCGUCCACGCCGCCGCCCUUCGGCAACGCCGUCGACAGCCCCGUCACCGAGAACAAGGCCUCCGAGAUCCUGCUGGCGCACGUGCAGGCCGCCAAGGAGACGUACGACACCACGGUGCGCGCCGAGAUGGCCGCGCAGAGCUCCGUCGCGGAGCAGGGCGGCCUCCCCAGCAGCUCGCAGGCCGCGUCGGUGACGACCACCACCCCGACGGCCACCCCGGCCACCCCGUCCACGACGGAGGCCCAGAUCAACCUGACGAGGUACGGCGGCAGGCCCAUCCCCUUCGGGGUCCGCAUCAGGAACCUCAAGAGAAGACAGCGGCGCCACUAGACUGUCAUAGAUUACAAAAUUGUGUGUUUGAGUGUGGAACGUGGGUGAAAAUGUUUAUAUAGAAAUGUGCCAAUAUGUUUUUGUUACAAAAAUUAAGUUAAAGAUUGGUUGUCACGCAGGGAGUAAUACUGUGGCUGGCUCCUGUUGUUUGUUGUUUCCUUUAAUCGUAAGAAUCGAGUUAUAUUUUUGUAAAAAUCGUUAUCACGUUUAUUCAAGAGUCAUUUAAGUCAGGCCCCCUGGCCUGAGCGGUUCAUUCGUCGUUCAUUUGUCAUACAAACGCAAGUUACCAUAAUAAACUAGAAUAAAGCUGUGAUCCUUACUGCA